AUGAAAGUCCUCUCAUUCAUCGUGGCUGCGGCCCUUCUGGGUCUCACUGGCGCGUCUUCGAACUCCAGCCCGGGGCUGUUGAAGUCGGACGGUGUGGUUCUGGGAGACUGGGAAUCGGCUUACCAGAAGGCCUCUUCCUUUGUAGCAGGCCUGACCACUGAUCAGAAGCUGGCUUUGAUCACUGGUAGCAGUGUCAACUCCACCAAUGGCAGUUUUAGUGGCCUUACUUUUCUUGAUGGUGACAUGGGUCUCCAGAACUUCUUUUAUGUAUCCGCCUUCAGUUUGUCUUCAGCGCUUGCUAUGACUUGGGACCGCGAUGCCAUCUAUGCACAGGCUAAAGCAGUCGGCUCUGAAUUCUACAACAAGGGUAUCCAGGUCGUUGCUGGCCCUACGUCCCAGCCAUUGGGGCGUACACCUUGGGGUGGCCGUAUCGUCGAGGGCUUUGGCCCCGACCCUUAUCUUAACGGCUUAGCUAGUGGAUUGACAGCGAAGGGCUAUAUUGAUGCUGGCGUUAUCCCAGGUGCUAAGCACUUUCUUCUAUAUGAACAAGAAACCAAUCGGACCGGCGGCGGCGGAGGAGGAGGAGGAGACAGCGGCUCGGCACCAUACUCUUCCAACGCCGAUGACAAAACCCUGCAUGAGACGUAUCUUUGGCCUUUCUAUGACGCAGUCAAACAUGGCCUGGGUGCUGUGAUGUGUGCCAUGACCAAGGUCAAUGGCACGCUAAGCUGUCAGAACUCCGAUUUGUUGAUGAAGCAUUUGAAGACCGAGCUUGGCUUCCCGGGAUUGGUAUGGCCAGACACUAAUGGCCAGAGCAGUGCUCUAGAGUCUGCUGUUAAUGGCGAGGAUUACGGUUCCAGUAGUAUUUGGAGUACUUCCACCAUGGAGACCCUGUUGUCCAAUGGCUCUCUAAGUGAGGCUCGUUUGGACGAUAUGGCUGUCCGCAAUCUGAUGGGUUAUUACUAUGUUAACCUGGACAAUGGGCUCCAACCCGAGGAACAAAGUGAAGAUGCGUACGUGGAUGUGAGAGGCAACCACUCCAAGCUGAUCCGGGAAAAUGGAGCCAAGUCAAUGGCUCUGCUGAAGAACAAGAACGCCCUGCCUCUCAGGAAGCCUCGUGUCAUGAGUGUUUUCGGUGCCCAUGCUGGUCCUGUGCUAGGGGGACCUAACACGGCCAUGGACAUCGAGGGUUCGGGACCGACGUACCAGGGCCACUUGGCCACCGGCACCGGUUCUGCUCAGGCAUCUUUGCCUUACCUAGUGCCGCCUUAUGUCGCACUGACUAACAGGAUCAUUGAGGAUGGCACCAUGAUGCGGUGGGGAACUGACAGCACCGCCGUGGACCCCUCGUUUGCCGAUUAUGCCACCAACUCUGAUGCUUGUCUCGUCUUUUUGAAUGCUCUGUCCGGAGAAGGCGCUGAUCGCACUGAGCUGUACAAUGAUGACCAAGAUACCAUGGUCAACACCGUCGCCGAUAACUGCAACAACACAAUCGUCAUCAUCAACACUGUCGGCCCGCGCCUGAUGGACCAGUGGAUUGAACAUGACAACGUUACUGCUGUUCUCUAUGGAUCCCUCUUAGGCCAGGAGUCUGGUAACUCCAUUGUCGACAUUCUCUAUGGAGACGUGAACCCUUCUGGCCGCCUCAUUCACACCAUCGCCAAAAACGAAAGUGACUACAACGUCAAAAUCUGCUACACGGCGCAGUGUAACUUCACCGAAGGUGUCUAUCUCGACUACCGUUACUUCGACGCCCACAACGUCACCCCUAGAUACCCCUUCGGUCACGGUCUCUCCUACACUACCUUCUCCUACUCCGACCUGAACAUCGAGAAGCCUUCCACCCUUUCCAAGUACCCCACUGGUGAGAAAGCUGUCGGAGGUAACAGCGACCUCUGGGAUAUUGUGGGAAACGUCUCCGUGAAGGUCGCCAACACCGGCUCGCUCGACGGCGCCGAAGUCCCCCAGCUCUACCUCGGGUUCCCCACUGCUGCGCAGCAACCCGUUCGCCAGCUCCGUGGCUUUGAACGCGUCGAGAUCGCUUCCGGCAAGCAAAGCCAGGUUACCUUCCAGCUGCGCCGCCGUGACAUCUCCUACUGGGAUGUCCCGGCCCAGCAGUGGCUCGUUGCUUCGGGUGACUACAAGGUCUACGUGGGUGCAAGCUCUCGGGAUCUGAAGCUGAAUGGCACUUUUACUGUCCAGACUUCCUCUUAG